AUGUCUAGUGAGCAAGAUAGUAGAAACGACCAGCAUCGUGAACAACAACAACAACAACAACAACAACACCCUCACCAUCACCAUCAAUUUCACCCCAACGUCAUCCAUGAUGCUUCAGCGGAUUCAGCCGGUAUAAUUGCAUCGGAGUUAGCCGCGGAGGAUGGCAGUUUACUCAGUAGCACAACGUUGAAAUCACACAGCUAUGGUGCAGCAGAAGAAGGAUCUUCCCAAGAUUACGCAAUCGAUGAACCUAACGGGGGCUACGCGUUGCCCAAAAAGCAAUUGAUCACAGUGGUGUCGAGCUUGUUCAUGGCUUCAUUUUUGGCAGCAUUGGAUGCUACUGUAGUCACCACCUUGCUAACAAUCAUUGCUUCCGAGUUGAAGGCAGUCAAGAACAUAUCGUGGAUCGCUACAUCCUACUUGCUAUCAUCAUCGGCAUUCCAGCCAAUCUUUGGAAAAUUGUCAGAUAUAUUUGGCCGUAAAUUCAUCUUGAUUGGAUGUUCACUCAUGUUUGGUAUUGGAUGUAUCAUCUGUGCCACUGAUUCGUUAUGGUGGUUGGUAUUUGGCAGGUUUAUUACUGGAUGGGGUGGUUCAGGUCUCACUGCAGUCGGCACAAUUACCAUGUCGGACCUUAUCCCAUUGCGGGACCGUGGGUUGUAUCAAGGGCUCGCAAACAUUUGUUUUGGAUUGGGUGCUGCAUCCGGUGGGUUUUUCGGUGGGUUGAUUGCCGACAGCUUGGGAUGGAAGUAUGUUUUCAUUUUGCAAGUUCCCCUUGCGGCAGUUGUUGGGUUUGCACUCUAUUUCAAUUUGAACUUACCUGCAGGCUCUCCAGGAUUGGGGGCGCACGGGCAAGACAUUAGGCAAAAGUUGAAGAGAGUUGACUUUUUGGGAAGUUUCUGCUUGAUUAGUGCAUUGAUGAUGUUUUUGACUGCCACUUCAUUGGGUGGGAGGGAUAUUGCAUUCACGUCGAAAACUUUCAUCUCGCUCUCUGCAGCAAGCUUUGCGUUGAUCCUUGCCUUUUUGUAUGUAGAGGCAUACGUGAGCGAAGAGCCCAUCAUUCCAAUUGAAUUGCUCGGAAAUAGAACCGUGUUGGCUUCAUCAUUAACCAAUUGGUUUUACACAAUGGGGAUUUUCGCAAUCAUGUUUUACGUCCCAGUUUAUUAUACUUCUGUUCUUUACUUGUCAGCUAGUGAAAAUGGGUUGCGGUUGGUACCCAACUUUGGCGGUAUUUCCAUCGGUUCUGUUGGUGCUGGGUAUUAUAUGAAGCGUACAGGAAGAUAUUAUAGACUAACUGUCGGUGCUGGUAUCUUGGCCAUACUCGGUGCUUACCGAGUCACUCUUCUUGAUAGACACACUCCAGUUUGGCAACAGUUUGUCAUGAUGAUUCCUCAAGGAAUGGCAUAUUCUUGUAUCUUGACGGUUACAUUACUUGCAUUGAUUGCGGCUACUCCAAUGAAGUACCAGGCUUGCACAACGUCAAUUCAGUACACAUUCAGAUCAACUGGAUCUACGUUGGGAGUUUCAGCAGCAUCAGCUAUAUUCCAAACCGUUCUUGCACCAAGUUUACUGAGGAAAAUUUGGGAUUUGGUCAAGGAUCCAGAAGAGGCUAGAAAGAUUAUCUCGAAAGCGUUGGAGGAUACAAACUAUGUCCAUGAAGCACCAAAGUAUGUUAGAGAAGCAAUUAGAUCUUCCUACGAUGAAGGAUGUAGAGGUGCAUUUUACUUUGCUUUUGGAAUUAUCAUUCUCGGAGUCAUCUCGUCAUUAUUCAUGAGAGAACAUAAAUUACAUACAAGUAUUAAUAGAGAUUGA